CAGCUCUUGAAAUCGGCCAAGAUCUGGAAUUCAGGAUUUUGGAAAGCUAAGAUCUUAAAUUUAGCCAAAAUCUUGAAUUCAGGAUUUUGGAAAGCUAAGAUCUUGAAAUCAGCCAAAAUCUUGAAUUCAGGAUUUUUCAAAGCUAAGAUCUUGAAGUCGGCCCAAAUCUUGAAUUCAGCAUUUUGGAAAGGUAAAAUCUUGAAAUCGGCUAAAAUCUUUAAUUCAGGAUUUAAGAAAGCUAAAAUCUUGAAAUCGGGCAAAGACUUGAAUUUCUGAUUUUGGAAACCUAAAAUCUUGAAAUGGGCCAAAAUCUUGAAUUGAGGAUUUUGGAAAGCUAAGAUAUUAAAAUCGGCAGAAAACUUGAAUUCACGAUUUUGAAAAGCGAAGAUCUUGAAAUCGCCCAAAAUCUUGAAUUCAGGAUUUGGAAAGCUAAGACCUUUAAAUCGGGCAAUAUCUUGAAUUCAGGAUUUUGGAAAGUUAAAAUCUUGAAUUCGGCUAAAAUCUUGAAUUCAGGAUUUUGGAAAGCUAAAAUCUUGACAUCCGCCAAAGUCUUGAUUUCAGGAUUCUGAAAAGCUAAAAUCUUGAAAUCGGCCUAAAUGUUGAAUUCAGGAUUUUGGAAAGCUAAGACUUGAAAUCAGGCCAAAUCUUCAAGUUAGCAUUUUGGAAAGCUAAGAUUUUGAAAUCGGCCAAACUCUUGAAUUCACGAUUUUAGAAAGGUAAAAUAUUCAAAUCGGCCAAAAUCUUAAAAUAAGGAUUUUAGAAAGCUAAAAUCUUAAAAAAUGAGCCAGAAUCUUAAAUUCAGCAUUUUGGAAAGCUAGGAUCUUGACAUCGGCCAAAUACUUAAAUUCGGGGUUCUGGAAAGGUAAAAUCUUGGAAUCCGCCAAAAUCUUGAAUUAGGAUUUUGGAAAGCUAAGAUCUAGAAAAAGGCCAAAAUCUUGAAUUCACGAUUUUGGAAAGCUAAGAUCUUGAAAUCGGCCAAAAUCUUGAAUUUAGGAUUUUGGAAAGCUAAAAUCUUGAAAUCGGCUAAAAUCUUGAAUUUAGGAUUUUAAAAGCCAGGAUCUUGAAAUCGGCCAAAAUCUUGAAUUUAGGAUUGUGGUAAGCUAAAAUGUUGAAAUCGGCCAAAUUCAUGAAUUCCCGAUUUUGGAAAGCUUAAAUCUCCAAAUCGGCCAAAAUCUUGAAUUCAAGAUUUUGAAAAGCUAAGAUCUUAAAAUCGGACAAAAUCUUAAAUUCACGAGUUUGGAAAGAUAAAAUCUUUAAAUCGGCAAAAAUGUUUAAUUCUAGAUUUUGGAAAGCUAAAAUCUUCAAAGCAGCCAAAAUCUUAAAUUCACGAUUUUGGAAAGCUAAAAUCUCGAAAUCGGCCAAAGUCAUGAAUUCUGGAUUUUGGAAAGCUUAAAUGUCCAAAUCGGCCGAAAUCUUGAAUUCUGGAUUUGGGAAAGGAGAGAUCUUGAAAUCGACCAAAAUCUUGAAUUCAGGAUUUUGCAAAGCUAAGAUCUUCAAUUCGGCCAAAAUCUUGAAUUCAGAAUUUUGGAAAGCUAAAAUCUUCAAAGCAGCCAAAAUCUUGAAUUCAGGAUUUUGGAAAGCUAUAAUGUUGAAAUCGGCCGAAAUCAUGAAUUCUGGAUUUUGGAAAGCUUAAAUCUCAAAAACGGCUAAAAUCUUGAAUUCUGGAUAUGGGAAAGCUAACAUCUUGAAAUUGGCCUAAGUCUUGAAUUCAGGAUUUUUGAAAGCUUAAAUCUCGAAAUCGGUUAAAAUCUUGAAAUCGGCCAAGAUCUUGAAUUCAGGAUUUUGAAAAACUAAGAUCUUGUAAUCGGCUAAAAUCUUGUAUUCACGGUUUUUGAAAGGUAAAAUCUAAAAAUCGGCCAAAAUGCUCAAUUUAGGAUUUCGGAAAGGUAAAAUCUUGAAAUCGGCCAAAAUCUUGAAUUUAGGAUAUUGGAAAUCUAAGAUCUUCACAUCGACUAAAAUCUUGAAUUCAGGAUUUUUGAAACCUAAAAUCUUGAAAUCGGCACAAAUCUUGAAUUCAGGACUUUAAAAAAGUAAGAUGUUGAAAUCGGCGCAAAUCUUCAACUCAGGAUUUUGGAAAGCUAAGAUCUUGAAAUCGGCCAAAAUCUCGAAUUCAGGAUUUUGGAAAGCUAAGAACUUGAGAUCGGCCAAAACCUUGAAAACAAGAUUUUGAAAAGCUAAGAUCUUAAAAUCGCCCAAAAUCUUAAAUUGAGGAUUUUGGAAAGCUAAGAUCUUAAAAUCGGACAAAAUCUUGAAUUCACGAUCUUGGAAAGGUAAAAUCUUCAAAUCGGCCAAAAUCUUCAAUUCUAGAUUUUGGAAAGCUAAAAUCUUGAAAUGAGCCAAAAUCUUAAAUUCACGAUUUAGGAAAGCUAAAAUCUUGAAAUCGGCCAAAAUCUUAAAUUUAGGAUUUUGGAAAGCUAAGAUCUUGAAAACGGCCAAAAUCUUGAGUUCAGGAUUUUAGAAUGCUAAGAUCUUGAAAUCGGCCAAAAUGUUGAAUUCAGGGUUUUGGAAAGUUAAGAUCUUAAAAUCGGCCAAAAUCUUGAAUUCAGGAUUUUGAAAAGCUAAGAUCUUGAAAUCGGCCAAAAUCCUGAAUUCAGGAUUUUGGAAAGCUAAGAUCUUGAAAUCGGCCAAAAUCUUGAAUUCAGGAUUUUGAAAAGCUAAGAUCUUGAAAUCGGCGAAAAUCUUGAAUUCAGGAUUUUAAAAACUAAGAUCUUGAAAUCGGCCAAAAUCUUGAAUUCAGGAUUUUGAAAAGCUAAGAUCUUGAAAUCGGCCAAAAUCCUGAAUUCAGGAUUUUGGAAAGCUAAGAUCUUGAAAUCGGCCAAAAUCUUGAAUUCAGGAUUUUGAAAAGCUAAGAUCUUGAAAUCGGCGAAAAUCUUGAAUUCAGGAUUUUAAAAACUAAGAUCUUGAAAUCGGCCAAAAUCUUGAAUUCAGGAUUUUGAAAAGCUAAGAUCUUGAAAUCGGCCAAAAUCCUGAAUUCAGGAUUUUGGAAAGCUAAGAUCUUGAAAUCGGCCAAAAUCUUGAAUUCAGGAUUUUGGAUAGCUAAAAUCUUGAAAUCGGUCAAAAUCUUGAAUUCAGGAUUUUGAAAAGCUAAGAUCUUGAAAUCGGCGAAAAUCUUGAAUUCAGGAUUUUAAAAACUAAGAUCUUGAAAUCGGCCAAAAUCUUGAAUUCAGGAUUUUGGAAAGCUAAAAUCCUAAACCCUGCUAAAAUCUUGAAUUCAGGAUUUUGGAAAGCUAAGAUCUUGAAAUCGUCAGAUUUUGGAAAGCUAAAAUCUUGAAAUCGGCUAAAAUCUUGAAUUCAGGAUUUUAAAAACUAAGAUCUUGAAAUCGGCCAAAAUCUUGAAUUCAGGAUUUUGGAAAGCUAAAAUCCUAAACUCUGCUAAAAUCUUGAAUUCAGGAUUUUCGAAAGCUAAGAUCUUGAAAUCGGCCAAAAUCUUGACUUCAAGCUUUUGGAAAGCUAAGAUCUUGAAUUCGGCCAAAAUCUUGAAUUCAGCAUUUUGGAAAACUAAGAUCUUG